AUGGAGAGAUACCUGCUGGACAGGGACCUAUACCUAUCUGGAAAUUUCGAUGAACCGGAAGUGACACGCUGCGACGAAGAUGAAGAAGCAUCUACUGAUUUUGUUCGUGAGUUUUCGAUGAUGAACCAUCGUCCAAAGGUUAAUCACUCCUGCAGCAAAAAUAUCGGUCACAUUCUCACCUAUGCUAUAGACGAUGAAGUGUUUAUGGAAGAUUCAGAAGAAUCCGACGAUGCAAGUGUGAUCUCUUGUAUCCAGAGUACCGAUGCCUCAGUCCAAAUGUGCCUUACUGACGAAUGCAGUCAACCGAGUCACGUUGGUAACGAUGGCGGUGGUGAAGGUUCGACAGCCGCAUCCGGUGGGAAUUUGUCGUCUUGGACAUCGUCAGUUACCUCAUCGCAACGUUACGCAUGGGAUCCGUUAUUUUCUGCCGACGAAGAUGGCUUCAACUCGUUUUCGAACGUGUUCACCUACGGUUACGAUGAUGCAGAUACUGCUCUGGCAACCUUGACUCCGGACUGCGAUCAAAACUGGUCGAGUUCGGAAGCUAGUCAGAACAGCCGUGAUCCCUCAGAAUGGUCUCUGUUCAUGUCCAAGCGGUCGGAGAACCAUAGUCAGCUGUUCAGUGAAUUCGAUCAGAUUCAAGGCGACCUGUGGAAACUAAAGAUGGAUGUCAAUCAGCUGGACUUUGAAUGCAAUAGGUAUAUGACUAAACGCGCAGAAGUGGAUUUCGCUAAACUCUACCGGUCGGUGCGCCUGUCGGACUCAGACGCACAGUUUAGCUGCUCUUCCGAUAGCCUGUCUUUGUCGAACGAUGGUUCUUCGCAUAGCAACGCAGUCCUUGCCAUAAAACACUGCUCACUUUCGGAACCCUGUCUUUGCGGUCAUUCGUCAGAUGUAUAUAUGCGUGCGAGAAACGUUUCUGCGCCUUACUCGGCGAAUCGCUCCUCCUCUUUAAAGCUGCGUCGUCUAAAGGAGACGAAAUCGCUCACUUACGAUCCCGGUCUUCCGAUCGGACCUGGACUCGGCGUCAGUGUUUCCGAUUCCUACCAUACGCAAAUAUCAGUCGACAUCGCGCCGUCGGACUCUGCUUCUGAUCAUGCAUCAAGAAAGGCGAUGUUCAAUUCGAACAGCUUUGUCGAGUCUUUCAUAUCCACAGAUCUGCACAGCAGUGACUCGUCUGACGAUAGCGAAACCCUGAAGCAGAAUGAUUUCCAGUAUCCACCACUGUCAACGCAUGGAUCAGAGUCACGAAUCAGCGAAGAAUUUUCUUCCAGCUUGUCACUUGAAUCGAGCGAUUUGGAGUGGGAGGAAUGCGCCGACUGGACGAUGCCUGACACUAUCGAUAGAUCCAGUGAGCUACGUGUCAUUCGCCAACUUCCAGCUCUUUCCGUUCAGUGUCUGAAUGAAGUACUUCGUGACUUCCUCUUCGAUGUCGACAGACUCAGUCAAGUAAGUGUAGUGCCAUUUUGUUCCUACCGCGUGAAGAUCAAAGGUCUGCUUUUUGUUCCAGUUUUCCAGUUGUUUUUCGUUACAUCCUUCCUCUGA